CUGCGCACUCUCAGGAUUAAGUUUUGCCCUAGGUUCGUGCCAUGAGCCCAUGGAUGGGAUGGACGGAGAGGCAGCAAGAUAGACAGACACAACACCUAUAUUAUCUGACCCAGCGAAGGAAACAAACACGCGUAUGUGCCUGUCUCUCUCACGUACUGCAUGCCCGGCCCGCUGAUCAUGAGUAGCAAAAAAGACGCCCCACGUGCACAUGCAUUCAUUGUACAGCCUAGCCUGCCUUACGACACAGUCCUGCCCUGCUGAUGGAUGAGAGGCAGAAGCCACAAACUGUGACCAGCCCAAAAGGCUAAAGGACCGAUGUACGCCACAUGCCACACGUCGGCCGGCCUACAUCGUCGUCCAUCCAUCGCCGCUGAGCCUCCAAGAAAUGCUGCACGAAUGAGAGACACAGUAAGUACACCGGGCCAAUUAGUGUGACAGUAAUCACCUGCGAGCACCAAUCGCCGUUGAUCCAUCGAUCACGGCAGCCUGAACUCGUCAAUCUCCGGGCAUUCGAAGCAGUCGGUGAUGAACUCCGUCAGCAUCAACGCCACCGUGCCUAGUACACACAAGAGACACAGACAAAUGGUGCGUGCGAUGCCUGACGGCUGGCUGACCGACCCACCGAUUGUGAGGCAGGUGUCGUAUGGCGGAGACUGAAACUGCUGGAUGAGCGCAUCAAACUGCUCACGAGUCCCUGCACACACACACACACACACACACACGCACACACAGAGAGAGAGAGAGAGAGAGAGAUGUGUCACCGUUGUUCAUGUCUCGUUGAAUCCACGACUCACCCGCGAAUCUCCCCCCAUCAGUCACGGGCUCCCCCCAGCAGAUCAUCUUGUCGCCAUUGACGUCAAAGUCCCGGAAGACCUCAAACGCAUAGCGACACCGCUUCUCAUCACACGUGCUCGACCGCUCCCCGGCCUCACCCCCGUUCCAGAACUUGCUCGACUUGCACGCAUCCAGCCGCCGCAUCAUCUCGCGAAAGUCCUCUGGAAGACUCUCAUCCACAAGCCGGUUGGGCGUGCACACGGGGUUCAGAGAGGCGUCGAGGUACUGGAGGGUGUCGUCAAGUUGAGUCAUGCAAGGUGGCAGGUUUGUGAUGUCGUUGAGCCGCACAUCCAGCUGCCUCAGUGCCUUGAGGCCACAUACACUGUCGGGGACGGUCCGGGAGGGCCACCGCUGGUAUUGAAGGACGAGUGACUCUAGCUUGGGGAAGCAGCUUCUUUCCGUCGGGUAGCCCCCUCCUCCCGUUGUGAACCGGGCGAAGACCAGGUGCGGGUGCCGGUCGACAUAGCUAGGGUCAACCGUCACCCUGAGGUCAUCGCGGCUCACCGCCAAGUCACUCGUGAACACCAAGCCCUGCACCCAACAAAUCUUUGCAUGUUGGAGAUGUACAUGUGUGCGUGGGCGGCUGUGCGCGUUGCAUGCCUGUAGUGUGGAGAAUGUCCGCAUGGCUUCAUUCAAGAGCUCGAUCUGCUCCUCCAACUCCUCCUUAGUUGACAUGUCCUUGUGUACGAUGUACCUGUCUCACACAGACGCACACAGACAGACAGACAGACAGACAGACACGUACAGACGUGGCUCGCAGCCAGACAUUUCACUCAUGACCGGCAAUUGCACGGAAAGAAGUCAAAUAAGCCAUUGGGGGUUGCCCUGCCGAACGGCGGUCUCGUCUUGAAGAGACAUGUUUCCCAUGCUUUCACGGCGGGACACAGUGACCUGGAUCGAAAGUACUGCACGAUGUUGAAGGUGCCAAACAAGACGCCGGUCAGCGCCAGGAUCCCCGCCAGCAGUAUCCUCCAGGUGCUGUGCGCCCUCCCCAGGUCCUUCUCUUUGGGGUUGAGGAGGAAUUUCCCGAUGGACUUCGGGUCUUGCGGCGUCUCGUGCAGCUCGCGAGGCGUCGCUUCGGCCACCACGCUGCAGGCGCUGAGCGCCCGCCUUGGCGGCAGGGUGAUGACCGUGUGGACGGUGUCUCUCUUCUUUUUCUUCUCCUCGGCGGCAGCGUCGUUGCUUUUCGUACGACCAUCCAACCGCUUCUUCUUGUCGUCUCCUGCCUUAUCAUUGGGGGCCUUCUCCCCUGUUUCGUCAGUGAUGACAGACGACCGCCGUCUGACCAUGGAGGGGUGCUUGCCGGCCUCUGCGUCGAAUGGGUCGAAGGAGACGGGUAGCUUGCCUUCCUCGAGUUUGGGCUGGAAGAUGGCCUCGGUGAUGCUGUACCGCCCGCUGCCGAUCGACGUGUGGCUCGUCUUGGUCCUCUCAAGGGUCUUCUUGAAGGCCAGCUUGAACCGCAGGUAGUUCUGCAGGAACGUCACGCCGUUGAGCACACGAACGCCGUUCCAUGAGGCGAGAAGGGGGACGAAGGCCGACAGGAAGUCGAGGAUGCCCUUGGAGCGGGUGCCCACCAGCACGCCCUGGGAGAAGGCGCCGCUGAUGUCUCCCACCAGCAAAGUGGACGAUGCCGCCAGGAGGUGAAUGGGGUAGCUCGUCGAGCAACUGCACAGCACACGCAGACGACAGAGAAUGUACACUGUGUAUAUGAUACACUUGGUCUUGGUGCCUCUCACAUGAGUGCCGUGACGAUAGCCCAGCCUCUGUUCCUGACUACCAGGACCGAGAUGGACGUGGCGCAUGAGUGGAGAGCGAUGAGCAGUGCCAGGCUGAGGUGUGACUGGUAGUGGCUGGCAGGGAUCUCCUGUAUGAAGCUCAGCUUCGGGCGGUCGCAGUUGUCCCGCAGGGAUAACAGGUUCACGCCGCCGUACUGCGUGCACGAGUAGAUCUGGAGCCCGAUCUCGAACAUCUCCUCAACCAGAAACCUCAGCCAAAAGUAGUCGCCCUGAGACGUAAAAAGUAAGUGAGAGAGGACUCUUGCUCGAGACGUGCAUGAAAAGAUAGAUAGCAUCACAGUCAGCUCACUUUCUUUCUUACCGAUGUGUAGCUGACUUUGGCCCAGCCCCGUUGCAAGAGUCGCAAGACUCGCUUGAACAAGUAGUACACGCUGAAGAAACACCAGCACCGCCUCCUCACGGGUGCGUGCUUAAGCUCCUCCCAGCUCUCCUGCUUGUCCACUUUUCGGAGGUACUCGGGCAUGUCCCGCAUCGACUUGCCGACGUAUAUCUUCCUGAUCUCCCACGCCCGCACGGUCUGUCUCCAGCCGAACGUGUGCAGGAUGAGGAGGCAGAGAGCCAGCAGGCUCAGGAGGGCCCAGAAGGACCCGAAGAUGAUCGAGCUGAUCGACACCUUCUCCGAGGUGAAGGGCCUGUUGGCAGCCACCGCCUCAAUGUGCUCGACAGUCGUCAUCGUGUCUGUACAGUCAGCGUGAACCACACAGAGACACAACCAUGCAAGCGACAGAUUCAUGCAAUAGAUAGAUACGCUGCAUAACGUCCUGUCUGUCUGUCUGUCUGUCUGUCUGUCUGUCUGUCUCGGCCCCCCACCGAUGAGCUGGUCGCUUUUGGUGAGGUCCGGCAGGGCCGGCCCCAGCUGCUCCGCACCGAUGUGCAGGAUGCAUAUGAUGAAGAUGAAGACCAAAAAGAAGACGUACCCGAAGUUCAGAGGCCCAAAAAUCGACCACCAGGUGGAAUGCUGCAGCGGAUCCUGCAGGGACUUGGGCGUCUCCCCCGGCAGCUCCCAUUGUUCUCCCGUCUCCUCUUCGCAAUCUUUGCCGUCUUUGAAUUGGUCCAGCUCCACGGCGAUCCGGAGGCUCUGGGCGCGGGAGCCAAAGCGGGAGUGGGGGGACGACAGGAUGCUCGAGAGCCUUCUGGCACGCAGCACCUCGUCAGAUUCUGAUUCUGGCGCAGGCCCGUGCCCUGGGGCAGGGCCAUCGCCCGUCGUCGGCGUCUUGGCGUGGAGUUCGUCCUCGUCGGUCUCGCCGAAGGUGCCGAAAGUUGGGUCGGGCCUGACGGGCGUGCAGAGCUCCGGUUCAUGCGGCACCGGCUGCUCCCAGAAUCCCAUGCCUGAUGACACGGGCAGGGUGUCGUCGUGACGUGGCAUAGCAUCGCGGACCGCCGGCAGAGAAUCCGCGAAGAACGAGUCAACUAUGGAAGGGGACUGCUGCGGGGGGGCCAUGGAGGUUUCACGCCGGGAGAGAGUGGACAGCAGACGAAGCAUGAUUCCCGG